GAACGUAUUCUCGGCAAGACGUGCUUUGGCAGCGGUUAUGGCGGAGUUGUUGAACAUUUCGUGGGCUUUGCUUGUCGCACUUGUUUUAGGCGCUUCCUACGGCCUGGUUCACUGGUUCAUUCGUCAGCGUCGCAAAUGUUUCGACGCUUUUCGAGGCACAGGAGUGCCGACAGUGCCGCUUCGAAGCCUCAUCAAUGGCAACUCUGACGAGUUCGGGAAACCGAAUAUCAUCAAAAACCUGGACCGAUGGUGUGAAAUCUACGGCGACGUUUUUGGCUUCUUUGUAGGUGAUACCCCAUUUAUGAUCGUCAAGGAUCUGGACAUGAUAAAUGAUAUAUUCAUCAAGGACGCAAGCAAGUUUAACGGCCGCGGGCGCAUGAUGCAUAUCUACGAGAUGGACCCUGUCUUGGCCAAGUACAUGAUCCUGUCCAAAGGUUAUGUUUGGAAGACAGCACGAACAUGUAUGUCGAAAUUCUUCACCGCAUCGAAGCUAAAGGCGGUGAUGCCCUCGCUGCUCCACGCCCAGGAUGAGUUUAUACAUGUUCUGGGCGAGCACGCCGACCGUGGAACCGAGGUGGACAUCAACAGCGUCUGCGAACGCUUCACGUUCGACAUGAUCAGCAAAGCGGCUUAUGGAAUCGACACGAACGUGCAGAGGAAUGCCGAGUUACCCCUGUUUACGAAGGCCCUCGCUGUCAUGCCGAACCUCACAUCAGGAUUCUUUUACAACCUUGGUCAGAGCCUAUACCACUGGGCAUGGAUUCUUCGGGUACCAGCCAUGAUAUUGAGCUUCGUGUAUGCUAACCCUCUUGCUGAUAUGGCCAAAAAGGUCGAAGAAAUCAUUGAGUACCGGCGAAAAAAUCCUCAGACAAGUUUACCAGACAUGGCUCAGAUUCUUUUAGACGGACUGCUCAGCGGAGAAGACUCUGGCCUAAAAAAACGUGCAUUGGACGCCACAGCACCCCUGCCCCGUGAAGCGCUGAGUCAAUUGUCAGCCAACUGUGUGGCAGUCUUCAUCGGAGGGUACGACACAACGCGGCUAGUAUUGAAUUUCUGGUUUUAUCUAAUGGGAAGACAUCCUGAGAUACAGGAGAAAAUGCGGCAAGAAGUUCUUGGAGCUUAUGAAAAAGAGGGAGACCACCUAUCCUUUCAAACUAUUACGACACUUCCUUACACGAACCAAGUAAUUUCUGAGACCAUGCGGCUCUAUCCACCAUCAUCCACGUUUACAUCGAGGUGUGCGGAAGAAGACUAUCACUGGGGGAAGUACCUCAUCAAGAAAGGAACGUCGGUUAUAGUGCCUACGUAUCAGCUGCAUCAUGAUCCCAGAUACUGGCACGAACCGGAAAAGUUUGACCCAGAGAGGUUCAGUCCAGAAAAUAAGCACUUGAUCAACCCGACUGCGUACCAGCCGUUCGGUCUGGGCCCCCGCAUCUGCAUCGGAACGCGUCUGGCGCUUGUUGAGUUGGCCUCGGCUACUGCGGAGGUGCUUCGCCACUAUCGCAUUACCCUGGGCACUAGUCAGAAGCGUGACCUUGAGCUGGACACAUACUCUUUCCUGGUCGUUCCUAAAGAAGAUCUGCGAAUUCGUGUGCAUAGGCUCAACGGCACGAAGUAAAUCAUCAAGUGGAACUUGAUCAAAAUGGAUAUUACUCCAUCAGCAGAAAACACUAGUACAAAAUAAAAAAGCACUGUUCUUCACACAUGAUCAAUAAAUAAAUCCAUAUAAUGC